UUCUCAACGGAUGACCCAAUGGACAUGUGAAUAUUCGCAUGAAUUUUCUCAUAUAAUUAAUUCUAUAACCAAUAUUUCGGAAUUUCUUUUCCACGUCAGGGAAAUAACUGUAUCUCAUCAUGGAUAUGGCGGGUCUGAAAGUCGGCGUUAAUGUCGACAUUCAACGGACCGACGGUCGUAUCCAUUCGGCUGUGAUCAGUGGUGUAAAUCCUGAGAUGAGGAGUGUCACAGUUGAAUGGUUUGAGAAGGGGGAAACCAAGGGAAAAGAGAUCGAGGUGGAAGCCAUAUUUGCUUUAAAUCCAGAUCUCCAGACCCCAGUUCAACCUGUUCGAGAAAGCCAAUCUUCAAAGAGCUCCAGAAUUCCUAAUGCACAGUCUGGAGAUGGACCAAAAGCUGGUAGGAAAGCACCACUUUCAGCGAAGUCGAGACGUAGUUAUGCAGCCAAUGCCCAGCCAUCAGUGGUAGCACAGAAUGGACAAGCAGAUAAAUCAGCUCCUUCAGCUGCAUCAAAGGAUGCUGCAGCUCGCAGGAAAUCUAACUGUGUCAAAGAGGUAGAUAAAAUACGUUUGAAAAGAGAGGAACGUCGAGCUCAGCAGAUUGCCAUCAAGGAGGAGAGAGGAAGUGAAUACGACAUGAAUGAUCCCAACUGGGAAUUUAUAGCAAUGAUCAACGAAUAUCGUGCAAGUUUAGAGUUCCGUCCAUUAACAUCAUCAGAUCCGAUUGUCAACCAUACAAUAAGUGUUUGUGUCCGUAAACGCCCUAUGAACAAGAAAGAAUUGACAAAAAAGGAUGUGGAUGUUAUAACAGUUCCCAACAAAGAGAAUGUGAUAGUUCACGAGCCAAAACUCAAAGUGGACCUUACAAAAUAUUUGGAGAACCAAAACUUCCGCUAUGACUACUCUUUUGAUGAGAACAGCACAAAUGAGAUGGUGUAUAGGUACACUGCCAAACCCUUAGUAGAGUGCAUAUUUGAAGGAGGGAUGGCCACCUGCUUUGCCUAUGGACAGACAGGGAGUGGUAAAACCCAUACAAUGGGUGGUGAUUUUUCUGUCAAAGGUCAGCAGGACUGUUCAAAAGGAAUUUAUUGUUUAGCUGCCAGGGAUGUUUUCAAACUGCUCCAUACCAAGUAUAAGAAGCAGGAAUUGACUGUGGGGGCGAGCUUCUUUGAAAUCUAUAGUGGAAAGGUAUUUGAUCUGUUAAACAAGAAGCAAAAGUUACGAGUGCUUGAGGAUCACAAGCAGCAGGUUCAAGUUGUGGGACUAAAAGAAGAACCAAUCGCAAAUCCAGAUGAUGUUUUGCGUCUCAUUCAACAUGGCAACAAUGUACGGACAUCUGGGACAACAUCAGCCAAUCAGCAUUCCUCUAGGUCACAUGCAGUAUUUCAAAUUAUCCUUCGACGAAGCAAAUUGAAGCCAUCAGCGCGCCAAAAUCAAGCACCUACACAAAAUACAAAUAAGAUACACGGGAAGUUUUCAUUGAUAGAUUUAGCAGGUAAUGAACGUGGAGCAGACACAUCAAGUGCUGACAGGCAGACAAGGAUGGAGGGUGCUGAAAUUAACAAAAGUCUCUUAGCACUAAAGGAGUGUAUCCGGGCAUUGAGUAGAAAGGGCGCUCACCAGCCAUUCCGUGCUAGCAAGCUGACCCAGGUUUUGAGAGAUUCCUUUAUUGGAGAUAAUUCUAGAACAUGUAUGAUUUCUAUGAUCUCUCCUGGGAUGAGCUGCUGUGAGCACACACUGAACACACUGAGAUAUGCAGACAGAGUGAAGGAGUUGGGACCAGGAGGGCCUGUAGAAGGGAAGCCAUCAGAGGUAGCUCUCCCAAACAAUUACAACCUUGGUGCUAUGUCUCCUCAGAACAGUGAUCUACAGAUGCUCAAAACCUCAAAUGAGGAAGUAACUGAUGAAAUGCUGACAUUCCAUGAGGUUGUUAACCAUAUGCAGGAAAUAGAAGAAGAAGUUAUAGAUGACCACAAAUCCAUUAUAGAGAUAACACAGAAAUGGCUAGCGGAGGACAAGAAACUGUACAAGGCUACAGACGAGGUUGACUAUGACGUUGAAGCUUAUGCAAGACAGCUUGAUAACUUGCUAGCAAGAAAGAUCCAAACUUUGACUGCCUUGAGAGAAAAAGUUUCAAGUUUCCGCAAUGAUUGUCAAGAAGAGGAAAACCUCAGCAAGAAUCUAAAGAGUCGAAGACAGCCAAAUUCCAAGUGAUCCUAACAAGGUGAAGACACAUUCGUUAUCGGCUAUUUUACCAUAUGCACAUAUUGCUGCCCAUCUCGGCUUCAGCUCACAUUUGACUUCCAUUUUUCCUGCUGGUGAAAUUGUCAACUCUUAACGGCUGCUUGUCUAGCUUGAAAGUGGCGCAAACUCAAGCAUCACCCCCCCAACAAAUCAAAUCACUGGAAGGAGCCAGCUAUGUUACUAUCGUGGCAUGUAACGAUGUGCCCUUAUUCAGCCAAGUCUGUGAUAUAGAAUUAGUUGUGAAGCUCUGCUGUAGUUGGCAUACAUUUCAUUCUCCAGAAGAAUUCAGCCUGUAGACAACAAAAGACAGGACUCUCUGGACUCUUCCUCAAUGUCAUCAAGCAUUUGUGUUGUGAUUCAUAGGUCAGAAAUCAGGGAGAGAUGUUGGUGAACUGUCUCUAAGUUUUUAACAGUUUUUGUGAUUAACUCUCAUACUAUUUCUGAAGGGCUGUCACUUUGUAUACAGUAUCAUGUGAUCACACAACUUGCUGAAGCAGUUGACAGGUGCUUAGGCAUUCAUUCACCCACCAGUAGUUAUACACUAGUUUAUCAUUGUUAUGUUACAUUAAGUUCAUCAAUACAGGAGAGAGACAAGUUUAUGUGAUAUUUAUUUUCAAUAUUCUCUUUUGCUAUUAUAAGUACAGAUAAUGUAUUAUAUAAUGUGGAAUACAUGGAUGUAUUUAACUGUUAUAGAAGUAUACCAUUGAGUGAUUUGAAAACUGUGAUUGUGUGAAUGGACUGAAUGUGUGUGAGGACAAUUAUCCAUGACCAGUAUAUACCCUCAUGUCUCUAUCAAAAAUCAGGUGUUAGCAUCUUGCCUUGUAACCAUCUUGAUAUUGACUAGGUGAUGUAGGUAUUAUAAUGAGUAUGUAUAUACAUCGUUACUGAUUUAAAUGGUGGAUAAUGGCUUCUGUUGUAGAUACAAUGAACUCAACAUUAGCAUUGCUGGGAGUUUCUGAAGGGCAACAAAUAUUUUUCUUAUACAAUUUAAACCCUGAAAGGCAAGGUUGUUAACCAAGAGCUUUUUCGCUGUUAAUCAUGAUUUGAUCUCAGCAGAAGGAUUGUCUUUUUCAUCUGAUUGGUAGAUCUGGUAAAGCAUUUAACUAUGUAAGAGUCAUAAGCAUAAUCAAACAUUUCCAAGGACUACAGUACUGUAUAUUAAUAAUGAGAGAAAUUAUCAAUUUCACCCAGUAGUACGUUAGGACAGUUGUAGCUGGUAUCAUGUAUAUAGAGGAUGUUAUAAAAAGCCAAACGAUGAACAAUAUUUACUUAAUAAUUUUUUUGUUAAUCACAUGUAAAUGGGCAUAAGCUCUUUUUCCAUUACGUUAUCUUUGAAAGUAGUCAUUUUACAAAGAACUAUACAUACAAUCUUAUAUUGAUGUGUUGGAAUUUUCUCGAUCUGUUGUUAAUCAUCGCUUAAUGAUCUGACUGCUUUCAUAUUGAAGGCACUAAACCAUAACUGUAUAUUUUUACUAUUUUACCAAGGAUGUAUGUCACAGAUCGGUGUUCAUUUUAAUGGUUAGAACCAGGUCAAUUUAUGGUUGAUAACUUUAUUAUUUGUUCUUCAUCGUAAAUCAACAUUUUACAUUACAAAUCACCAAUAAACAAGCAAGACUUAGUAAUUUUCAUUUUAUAGUUCGUUAGGAAUCAAAACAUUGUGUUUCAUAAAUUGGCAUAAAAGGUGAUACAUUUCUGGUUACAGAAAUGUAUACAAAUGUAUUAUGUUGUGUUAUUUUAAUAGGAGCUGGCCAUUCCGACCAGUAGAAUUGGUAAAUAUUUGUAGGAAAAGAAAUUAUUUACAAUGUGAUUCAUGAAAAACUGCUUUUGUUAGGGAUUUACUGUAAUAAAGAAGUCUCAAGAUUGAGACUAUACAUCAUUUAUAAAAAACCACUAUAUGUUUAAAGCAUUGUGUUAAUGUGGAAUGGUUAGUAUCAUGCUAUUGGUACAGCUGGUAAGUAUAUACUAGGAUAGACACACAGUAUUUGUGAACAUUAAGGAGAGAGAAUACCCAUGUUAGUUUGGCCUAGUGUUGUAUUGGGUGGAAAUGUGAGCUUGCUUUACCCAGGUCUUUCCUUUGAUGUUCAGAGCCUUGUGAUUAAGUACAAUUUGUGCUAUUGCGUUGUAAUUGUUGGGUAAUGUUGAAUUAUGUUUUUGCUGGUAAAUCAAUCAAGUCGAGACUGCUUUCAUGUAUUAUGUUUCAUCAGGCUGACUGGUUUGAGAAGGUAGCAGUACAGAUUAUGUUAGGGCUUCAUUGACAGAUAUUCCUUCACAACAGAAUUUAGUGAGGAAUAAAGAAGGAAUAAGGGUCACAAAUGUUCUCUAGCAAUUCGUCAAUGAAGAAGUAGAUACAAAUAUACAACAGACUUACAAUUCAGUACCAAGGAAACUGGUAACAAUUCCACAAUUAUUGUGUAAUGUCACUAUAUACCAUAUUCAUAGUACGUAGUAAUAUAUUGGUGAUUGUUGUGAUUUUAGUAUGUUACAACAGCAGUAAUCCUGGUAUACCAGUUUACAUUAAAAAUGAAGUAUGCAUACUAUAUAACCGACCUCAUUACAGUAUUGCUCAGUUUUACAGUGUGCCACAGUGUGUGGUGACACUCCAGACUUGUACAACAGUGUGGUGACACUCCAGACUUGUACUACCAGUGUGUGGUGACACUCCAAACUUGUACCACCAGUGUGGUGCCACUCCAGACUUGUACCACAGUGUGGUGACACUCCAGAAAUGUACAACAGAGUGUGGUGCCACUCCAGAAAUGUACAACAGAGUGUGAUGACACUCCAGACUUGUACCACCAGUGUACGGUGACACUCCAGACUUGUACCACCAGUGUACGGUGACACUCUAGACUUGUACCAGUGUGUGGUGCCACUCCAGACUUGUACCACAGUGUGGUGACACUCCAGAAAUGUACAACAGAGUGUGGUGCCACUCCAGAAAUGUACAACAGAGUGUGAUGACACUCCAGACUUGUACCACCAGUGUGUGGUGACACUCCAGACUUGUACCACCAGUGUACGGUGACACUCCAGACUUGUACCAGUGUGGUGACACUCCAGAAAUGUACAACAGAGUGUGGUGCCACUCCAGAAAUGUACAACAGAGUGUGGUGACACUCCAGACUUGUACCACCAGUGUACGACCGUGUACGGCGACACUCCAGACUUGUACCACAGUGUGUGGUGACACUCCAAACUUGUACAACAGUGUACGACCAUGUACUGUGACACUCCAGAUUUGUACCACCAGUUCUCCCAGUAGUAGGUGUUUGUCUGCCUUGUCAAAUGUAUUGUAUCUUGCCUGUAAUUGUUUAAGGGUAUACAUGUUUAAAAACAAGAGACCAACCUUCAUUACAUAGGUAAGUCUCAUUGGCAGAAAUUGAAAGAAAUUAUGUUGUUAUAUGUCAUAAACAUUAUCUUUAUUAUGCAAAACCAAUUACCGAUGUUUAUGGUUGAUAUAUAUGCAUGUACACUUAUUGUCAAUGUUGAGGGGUAGGGAUGGUCAGUCUGGUGUCCAAAUCACUUCUCAAACAAGGGGUAGGGAUGGUCAGUCUGGUGAUCACCAAAUCACUUCUCAAACAAGGGGUAGGAAUGGUCAGCCUGGUGUCCAAAUUACUCAAACUAAUGCUGAUGUCUCGAAUUUUAUUUGGCCAAGUCAUACAUAUAAAGAAAAUCAGUACCUGGUACUUUAGAACAAACAAAAAUCUUUCAAUUUACAUAUAGUUAUAGUUUUUAAUGAGAAAUAUGAUACAAUUUGAUUUAUUCUUUUCCUAUUUAUGUGAAAGUCAUUUAUAGUUAGAAUAUUACAAUUGCUGAAAACAAUUAUGUACUAAUGGUAUUUUUGUGAGAGAUACCUACCCCUUAAUGGUGAUUUUUUGUUGUUUUUUUUUCCAUGGGAAACAAGAGAUUAUUCCAGAACUUACAUUCAUAUUCUUUGUAAAUGAUAUCAUUUAAUUUAUUGUAUAUGUAGCAGACUAUACACAAUGUACCACCUUAAAGCCAGUCCUAUAUCACCUUUCCAUAUAUACAUUGGUAUGUGGUAGUUCCGUUAUCAACUUGUAUAUUCCACCAUGCAUCUUUCUUACCCUUUCUGUGGGAAUCACCUGUAUUCAUACUGCUUACUGUAUAUAUCAACAUGUAUAGUGCUCACAGAAGUUUCUCUCGCACACAUCACAGUGUACACCAAAGACAAUAGUUCUCCCGUGCAUACUCCCAUCAGCUUCUACACUUAAUCUGCAUCAGUUACCGUGGUAAUAUUUACAUCAAUCUGUAUCAGAGUCCUCAAAUUAUCCUGUAUCUGUGAUGAUAAAAUCUCUUUUUAUCAGUUUUUUUGAUGUACUGUAUUGUCUUUUGAAUACAGACAUUGUUGUGUAUGUGGAGUAUAGUAACAUCAUCAAUACUCCUCACCAAGCAGGAGGUAGAUUUCGGUACAGAUUUGAUGGUCCAUGUUACCUUUGAUUGCCUCUGUGUACCAAAUCAUGUCUAGCUAUUCUGUUGUUUAUAUUGAUUUCCACCAAAACAUUAACAAAAUGAACUGCAAUGGGAAAAAGAAAAUAAAUCAUUUUACAUAU